UAUGGAAUUAUUAACAUCAUCAUUGGAUUAUUAUACUACUAUUCAACAAUCAUCAUCAAAUAAUAAUACUAAUAAUAAUGGUGAUGUCUCUACUUGGCAAGAUUGGUUUAAAAAUUGUGAUUUUAAAUCUGUUCAAAGUGAAACUCCAAAUAAUUUAGAUUUAUGUUCUUGGGUUAGAUAUUCAUAUUUCGCACUUAUUAUGUGCGGAGUUAUAAUAUUAAUUGGUAUUUUAAUUACAAUAACAUUUGUAAUAUUUUAUAUUAUUAGAAGAUUAUGUUGUGUUAGAUCAUCAUCUACUAAAAAGGAAUAUACAAAUAGUAAUCAAAUGUUUAUCAUUAUAAUUUAUUCAUUUUUAAUAUUUUUAAUUGUAAUUGGAAGUUUAAUUGGAAUUAUUUUUACAGUUUCUUAUGGAAUUGGAAGUGGUCAAGUUAUUUCAAAAACAUUUGAAACUAUUUCUAAAACUUUUGAAACUUUUUUAAAUUCUGCAAAUGAUAUUUCAAAGGGUGGAAAUAUAGUUAAAAUAUUUGCUGAUAAU